CACUAGCUAGUAGUCUGGUGCUUGUAGCUCGGCGAGCUGGUAUUAUAUAUCCUCUAGUGCUGUCGCAUCGAUCGCUCACGCUACGCUAUUAGCUGCCACACCACCGCCUCAUCACUUCCACGACCGAGCCUGCCUGUCAGUUUCUGCGCCACUAGGCCGCGCACUCUUUCUCCUUGGCGACAGCAAUGGCCGCCCAGUGACGGCCCCACACCGGCCGGCGGCAUGCCGGACGACGCGUACCUCCUCUGCGCCGAGGACGUCUUCUUCGGCGCCGCGGCCGGCAGUGCCUCCUGCACCGGCGACGACGACGAGUGCUGCUCCGCCGGCGAGGAGGAGCUGUCGGCCUCCAUCGCCGAGCUCAUCGGCGGCGAGGCCGAGUACUCGCCUCGCCCCGACUACCCCGACCGGCUCCGGUCAAGGUCCAUCGAUCCGGCCGCCCGGGCCGAGUUGGUUGCAUGGAUUCUCAAGGUGCAAGAAUACUAUGGAUUUCUUCCCUUGACAGCCUACCUCGCCGUCAACUACAUGGACAGGUUCCUCUCCCUCCACAGUCUGCCGCAGGAAGACGGAUGGGCGAUGCAGCUGCUGGCUGUGACCUGCCUCUCCCUGGCUGCCAAGAUGGAGGAGACCGUGGUGCCCUCACUCCUGGACCUACAGGUAGACGGCACGAGGUACGUCUUCGAGCCGCGGACGAUCGGUCGGAUGGAGCUCCUCGUCCUGAUGGCGCUGAAUUGGCGGCUCCGGUCGGUCACGCCGUUCACCUUCAUCGACUUCUUCGCGUGCAAGGUCGAUCCGGGAGGGAGGCACACGAGAUGCCUCAUUGCCCGGGCCACACGAGUGAUUCUGGCUGCAAUACAUGACAUCGAGUUCCUGGACCACUGCCCGUCGUCGAUGGCCGCAGCGGCGGUGCUCUGCGCCAUGGGUGAGACGCCGUCGCUGGAGUCCGUCGGCCCUGGGGCCGCGGUCAACUGGUGCAUUGGCCUUGCAGAGGAAGGGAUCAGCAGCUGCUACCAGCUGAUGCAGCAGCUGGUGAUCGGCAAUGUGCAGAGGAUAGGCACCACAGAAUCACCAGCAGCAGUGAACCUGUGCUGCUCUGAUGAGGUGCUGUCCUCACAUUCCUCUUCGUCCUGCCCUCCCCCAACAAAGAGGAGGAAGAGGUCACCACCAGGCACAUGAAAACGAAGAACGCAAGUAGAUAGCAUUAUUUACAUGGGGUUUUGCAGAUUAAUUUGAUUUCUUCUAGUUUGUUGUGUUCUUGUGAUUCUUUCUCCUUUUUUACCCAUUUGUUCUCUUCUUUUGGGUUUGGUUCUUUACACCUCGGUGUGGGGGGGGGGGGGACUCUGCCUGUUCGAUUGGUCCUAUUGACAUACGCCAUCAUGGCAGCCUCUGCACUGCCAGCCAGUCUGUGAAGCACGGAGCUCGAUUGGCAAAGCCUCAGGGAGAGGCCAAGCCCACCCGGGUUCGAUCCCCAGGUGUCGCACGCCCCCGUAUGGCCUCCAAAGAAUACUCCGGGUAAUGUGGGGCCGGUCCUUAAAAAAAAGAGAGAAACUGGGAAAGAGAAAGAUAGGCAGCAGACACAUUUGUGUUUCUCUGUGCUGCACUAUGUGGGUCUUCACCCGCAAUGCAGAGUUGCUGAGAAACCAUUCAUUGGUCAGUGAGGAAGCCAUGGGAUCAGGAAAGAAAAAAUGGAAAGAAGGCAGUGCAAUUGCAAUGAGAUGCAGUGGAUGAAUGGUAGGGUUAAAUGAGGUGGUCAAAGAAUGGUCAGGGCUCCUGCCAAGAUGCGGUCCUCCCUGCCAAGCUCUGUUCAUAUUCAUGAGGGCAAAAUUUGUUUGUUUCCGAGUGGUUUGUUUGCAUUUUGUUGGUGUUUGUUACUGAAGAGAGAGAGAGAGAGAGAGAGAGAGAGAGAGAGAUAGAGACAGGGGUGGCAUAUGUGUGUUGGGAGGCACAUGCAUGCAUGCCCUAGUGUGGUGAUGCUCUGGAGUGAAAUAUUUGUCCAUCUCCAGGCUAACAGUGUCCAAGCAUGAGGCUUUUGGGGGGCCCUUGCUGUUUGUUACCAUUUGUAUCUCUUUUUUGUGUAUCAAUAAAGAUAUUGCCAUUUAAAUUGGCUUGAAAAAAAGGGGAGAGAAUUUAUGUGCUUUAUUU